AUGGGAAAGUUUUUAUUUCUCCUUAUCUUUGCGUUUAUCCUUUUUCAUGCAACACAUGCAAAUGAUCACAACAACGAUGUUCAUGCUCGAGAGGAAAAAAGGGACGAUGAUGUGCCUUACAAAUAUAAAGCAUGCGUAAUGAGCUGGUACACCAUUCAUAUUAAGAGUAAUGUAAACAAUCUUGAAUUUCGUUGCCAGUCAAAAGACGAUGAUCUUGGGAUGGUUACUCGGAACGCUGGAGAGAUAUACGACAUCAAGUUUUGCUUAAAUGUUUGGAAAUCGACAGUCUUUUUUUGUCAUUUCUACUGGGAAUCGAAGCAGCGAAUGUUUGAGGUGUGGUUAAAGCUUUGGGAUCAAUUUCUACCUCCAUUUCUUGAAGAAAGAAGCAUUGUUCCAAGCAAGUGGUUAAAGCUUUGGGAUCAAUUUCUAGGUACCUCCAUUUCUUGAAGAAAGGUAAGUUUUUUUUGAUGAUUUCAUUUUUAUUUUGUAUGAAUUUCGAUUUGUAACUUUAUGUAGUGAUUGAAUGAUAAUAAAUUGUUCAUAUUCUUGUUUUUGGUGGUAUUGUUUUGGAUUAGAAGCAAGUUAUUCAAUUUUUUGUUUGUGGUUAUUUAAUUGCAAUUAGUUGUAUAGCUUCAAGUUGUAUUUAUAUGUGAAAUUAUGUGAUAAUUGUCAUAUGUGAAAAUUGGAUUGUAU